CAAGGUUGAGACCACACCCAACCCGUUUCUCAGCCACCAUACGUUUUUACUAAAACUCUCUGUCACUUAUUAAGCCCCGUCUGGUCGCUGGCAGGACUGUGCAUUCAUUUGACCGCUAUCCGAGAGAAACCUCUUCUGAUGGUUUUGACGUACUGCUGCAGGCGAAGCCAUUAUUAUUAAUUGUAGUAACACACUGGUUGUCUGAGCCGACUGAUCAUCGAAAAGCCAGGAGGCGCUCGUUCGGCCGCUGCCUCUCUGGACUUCUGCGCCUUGUCCACAGCGUCCAGUUCUUUUAAGGGUCUUUGUUAGUUACGCAAAGGAAAGAAAAGAAAAGAAAACGGCAGAGGCGCCGAGUGGUACACAGAUUUGUUGUCCCCAAGGAAUAUCCCGAUUUCAAUUCCAUUUUUUGCCUGACUAACACUGGCUUCCUUCUUCUUGCUCCCUUGUUCUGCGAACUGUCUACGGAUUACUCUGUAGUUCAUCAUUCAUUCAUCAAAUCCGUUGAGAAUUUCUCACGUACUGUUCCCUACUAUAUCACUAGUUGCGCUUAUUCUCCCUGACUCGGAGGAGGAAGUACUGCUACCUACUGGAGCUUUCCUCUUGAUAUCACCCUCAGCAACCCCAUUUCUGAACAGCCAGCCUUUCUUCCGCUUUGAUGAGCUUGGUAAAAGCAGCUAGCUCCAAAUUUACCAUAAAUAACUUGCUUUUAAUAGGGCCACCAUUGACAUUAACGGUGACGAUUAUCGUCAGGGCGUUGAUAACCACUGACUGCCGUUUGGCACUUUUUUGAACUCAAACUCAACCGUCCGAAUAGCCAACGAAACAUCACGCAUUGUUCAAGGCCUAUGCGCAAAAGGUUGUAGGAUUUGGAGAACAAUAUCUGCAUCCAACCAACGACGUCGAAUCCUGCGCAUCGCCUUCUCUUUUAUGCUCUCAAUUCCCCCUUCUUUCGCGAAACUUACAGCCACGGAUCCUAACCAACGAGAACGGAAUCGAGAAAACGGUUCUUCAUACAUUUGUGGCUUCGGCAAAGCCUCAUGUCCACUUCUCGGACGAGGUAAGUUGUUGGGACAGGGCGGUCUAUGGCUGUGACAUAAGUGUUCUAAACUUUGCUUGAACGCCGGUGAGGCAGGAUUUUGUUCACUUUCCCUUUCGUGAUUCUGGAAGACGGAGAAUAAGAGCAGAGAAGUAACUUCAACUCCCAUAGCUGCCAACUAUGCCUCCCAGAGCCCGAAGGACUCGACUGACGGAGCGUCGUGCCGCCACAGCUUCAAUAAGAGCAGAUAGCGAUGCGAAGGCUCAUGGGAUAUUCCACUUCGUCAAUGUCAAUCCAUCAUCUGAGCUCCAAAAAUCAGAAAACCGAUCCGUAAUCCGCUCGCACGCUAGCAAAUAUAUCUGGCGUCAGCAUCGCGCAGGUCGUACAGAUGGCAGCAACCCCAAUUCUAGUGCGGUCGAAUCCGCUCACUCAUUAAAAGAACCCCUAAUAUCUUCACCCGACUCGUAUGGUACUGCGAAGAAAAGGCCAUGGCCGCUAUCACCAGAGACCCCUGGUGGCGAGGAGCCUGUACCAGUACUCUCUCCGUCCGACGAACCCAACAUAUCUCCGCCCGAUGAUGAAGAUAUGUCACGCUCUACGGAGACCCCGCGCGUAGACGAGGAUGUUGGCAACAAUGGAGAUGUCACUCAGCUUGCUCGGGACGCCCAAUCGGCUCAAUCGGGUAUGAUAUCGGCAGCAGAUAUAUACGAACAUGAAAGUAAUACGAUAGCGGGUCCAUUUAACCAGCUGAUGACAUUUAUCGGGGAGCCGGGAAAUCUUUUCCCUUCCAUGCUUGGGAGCUCUGCAAUUAGCAAGUUGAUGCGAUACGCCGCCUUUGAUCUUUGGCCUGGUCUCGUACUGGGUGCUAAAAACCAAAAAUGGAGCCGAGAAGACGUCGCGCAAAGCUGGCUUCACCGAGCAAUGAGCCACCCUGCCCUAUUCACUGCAUUUUUAUACGGAGCUGCGGGCCACUUACAAACGCGCAAACGGCUAGAGAGUGUUUCCAUCGCCCCUCAAACGCGCGAGGAGAAGUUAGAACAGAUCGUCUGCGAGACAGAGACCAUCAAACAGUUGAAUAAAAUGAUGCUCGACCCGCAGCAAACAUGCACUGACGAAGUUAUCCUAGCAGUACUGUGCAUGGCUUUUAAUAAGAUCGAUUACUCCAAGUGGAUAUCUGACACUGACCCCGCUCCAAAGGCGCCCUUGCGCAAUCUCCAAUGGCUCGAUGUAUAUGGCGGCCUAUCACUAAAUGACCAGCACGUCAAGGGGCUUUUUGCAUUGCUCCACACAAGAGGUGGCCUAGAUCAACUCAAGCUGCCCGGGCUGGCAGAAACUCUUUCAACAUCUGCCAUAAUGCUCUCAACCAAAUACCUUUCGAAACCCCGGCUCCCUUUCGUCCCAAUCUUCAAAGAUAGUGCCACCGGUAAACCGCCGAUGUGGCCAAACCUCUCCUCAAAUACGUGUCCUAUGCCAAUUAAUAUGAUAAAUCUGGUCUCGAAUAUCCAGCCCACCCCCUGCCUCGGCGACAAUGGUAGUAACAAUAUUGAGGCAAUCAACACCAGCGACAUAUUCACACAAUCUAACCUCCCAACCCCCCUAACAACCGUCCUGCGCAAUAUGCAAAACUACAGCGCUGUUGUAAACCUACAUAGCCAGGGUCUCCUCCCCUAUCUCGAGCUCCCCGUGAUCGCCGAUAGACGCAACUGGGUCCAAUACGAGCUCUUGAGUCUACGGCCCAUACAUGAAAUUAACGAGUACACAGAAGAUUCUGAGCCCAGCAAUCCUACCCCAGUAAUCCUCCAGCAACAACAACAACCACAUCAACAACAACAACAACAUCCACAGCAACUACUGCUGCAAGCCUACAACUAUAAAAUCUACGAGCCCAUCCGCCUCGCAGCGAUGAUAUACAGCAUGCUCGUAGUCUUCCCCCUACCAGCUGCCAACCGACCAUUCGUGCGCCUAUCCCGGAUGAUGAAAGCAGCGCUCAUAGCCGCGGAGAUCGAGAACAUCACCCCCACCCCUGCCAAUCCCCGAAUCACCGAUCAUUGCUGGAGUAGCGCGACGGAGAUGUUGCUCUGGGUGAUAGUGCUAGGCACGAUGGCAGCGCGGAAUACGCCGAGUGAAGACUGGUUCGUGGAGCGGAGCAGGGAUGUGAUUAGGGUUGUUGGCGUGGGGAGUUGGGAGCAACUAAAGGGGGCGAUGGAAAAGGUUCUGUGGAUGGAUUGCGUGUGUGAUGUAGGUGGGUUGGCGAUAUGGAAUGAGGUGGGUGUGGGGAGUUAAGGCGAGGUUGGGAGCCAGAGUCAGCGCGUGAAUGGGAAUGGGAUGCUAGUUGGUGGGAUGGAUUGGGUGGUUUAGCAUAAGCAGGCAGCAAUGUGGGUUUGUAGAGUAGAGCCUUGAAAGUGGUUUAUGAUGAAUGCCUCGAUUCUUGAACCGACCAGACCACGAUUUUUUCCUUUUUUUUUUUUCAUACCGGGCCUCUACUUCCCUCCUGCCCGUUUUACUUUUUAGCGAAGAUUACUUGUAAUGGACAUUGAAUAGGGAAAAGGGAUUUCUGAUUUUGCAGUUGUUGAAUAAUAAGUGUUUAAAUAUUUUCCGGGUUUCUUGCCCCUUCUUUUCUUUCUUUCUUCCUGUCUUUUUUUUUUCUUUUUUUUCCCCCUCUUCCUCCUCCAGCAUCUCUUCCCAUUCUACAUCUCGCCUCUCAUGUUCCCCCCGUAUAUUCCUUGGACAAUUGCCCUUUCCCUUAUAAAUGUAGUUAUCCAUCUCUGGAGAGAAUGACGUUCUAUCCAAUGGCACUUCUGACAUCUUGUGAUCAUUAAUAGAAAGGAUUGACAUUUUCAGCUACGCCCCGAUUUUUUCUCCAAUAGAGAGUUAUGAAUUAAGUACAUAAGAGAUAAAAAGAAUCAAUCAAUGCC